CUGGAUGUAAUGCGAUCCGGCUUCCCUUGACAGCCACAGAAUAUGAAGCCAACGGACCGCAACUAGCAGCAACUAUGAGACAGCUAGCGGUAGUGAUGAUAAUUUUAAAUAUAAAUUACGGUCGCCUUCACUGCUCUUACACCAUGGACAUCGACGAGCCGCACACGUACACCCCACCGAAGCACUACUACCAGACGUCCUCCUUCGACGACAACGAAAUCAACGACGACGGUACGGCGAAGAGUCCGCUCGAUCGCGGCCCUUACUUUGACAUUUCGGCCUCCCGGAACGUAACCGCGCUGGUGGGCAACACGGCCUAUCUCAACUGUCGCGUCCGGAACCUGGGCAAUCGGACGGUUUCGUGGAUCCGGCAUCGGGAUUUGCAUCUGCUGACGGUCGGCAAGGCGACGUACACCUCGGACCAGCGCUACCAGAGCGUGCACAAUCCCCAGCUGGACGACUGGUCGCUGAAGGUGCUCUACCCUCAGCAGCGUGAUUCCGGUGUGUACGAGUGUCAAAUCUCCACGACACCGCCCGUCGGCUACUCGAUGACACUGUCCGUCGUUGAGCCCGUCACAUCGAUAGUUGGAGGACCGGACCUAUACAUCGACACCGGUUCGACCGUUAAUCUGACCUGCAUCGUACAGUAUCUGCCCGAGCCGCCACCGCUGAUUCAGUGGACGCACAACGGCAUGGAAAUUAAUUACGAUUCGCCACGGGGCGGCGUGUCGGUGAUAACGGAGAAGGGCGACAUAACGACCUCCUAUCUGCUGAUCCAGCGGGCGCGCAGCACCGACUCGGGCAAGUACACGUGCCUGCCAUCGAUGGCCAAUCCUACCACCGUGCACGUGCACGUGCUGAAUGGCGAACAUCCGGCAGCGAUACAGCACGGACGGCAGAUCCGCAGCAACUGUCUGCUGCUAACGCUACUCUUCCUGCUGCUGAUGGCGAUAUCACCCGGCCAUCCGGGGUGGUACGGGACCGGCAAUCGAUAAGUGGUGUAGCUGUGUUAGAAGCAUCGCGUAGUCACGAGUCAAUCGAAGGCGUAAGGAAACAUGUACAUAGCGCAUAGCGGAGGGUUCGAGCAGUGAAAGCAGUUCCGUGAAGCAUUAGUAGCAUUAGUUAAACAAUAUUGGAGCGGAAAAAUGGCCAAAAGAUUAGUGUUUAAAGAGAUAGAAAAUGUGUUUUUUUUCUGGUGCUUAGAUUUAACAUAGAAACACUCUUGUACAAAAUGUAAAACUUUGUUUGUUUUGGGUUGGUUUUGGCCAGCACCGCAACCAAGCGAGAACCAUACUUCAACCUUUAAGGAAACAUUAAAUCACUAGCGCGUAAGUGUGAGAAACAAAAUGGAGAAAACGUGUAGUAGAAGAGAGCGAGAAAAAAAAAUGCAACGCAAAACAAGCACCCAGAAGGCAAAACUUUCUUCCCGUUUGCAACAAAAAAUGGAACAAUCGGCUCAUUUGACAAACUCGCGCCGCUAAAACAAAGCCGAAGAAUAAACACGGUUUUGUGAACAAAAGCCGGCGCUGCUGUCGCCCCUGCUCGUUGUGUGAAGAGUAGAAGCAAAUAUAGAUGAAGAGCGAACGUGAAAAGAAACGAUCUAUUAUUGUACAAAAAACAAAACAAAAAAACCAGCGAAACGAAAGCCGUAGACGAGCAGGUGAAGCGAAGAGUAAAUAAAUCUUGCAAGAGAAAUAACGCCUGUUUGAUUUUGCGAUUGUUUCAGUCUGUUGGUGGAGGAAGCGAACGCAGAAGCGAGCAACCAAACCACUUGCAAACGGAAAAUGGUAAAUAGCGUGCGGCAGUGAAACGGAAUUUUCAAUCUCACACACACAUUGAGUAUAAUACAAACAAGGAAACUAAACGAACGGUAACGGUGGCGGCCCAGAACGGCGUUGCUCACUUGAAGAAAGUUUCCUGGGGUGUUUUUUAAAGACUCUUCCCCCCCCCCCCCCCCUACUUCACUCUAUCCCGUUUGAGUGGAGUCGUUUGGGCACUUGAGGGCAUGCAAAAUAUAGAAGAAAAUAAACAAAACCGCAAAGAAUGGUAAAGCUGAAAGAGUGAACGAACACAAACCAAAAAAAAAGGGGGAACGAAACUCAUCACCUCCCGCUCCAGAAAUCCCCCGGCUCGAUGAUAAAUUAUUCGCGAAUGAGUGUUUAAUUUUUUUAACCGGGGGUUUUCAUUUUUCAUAUUUUUGUGCACGCGUCACGCGGCGAAUGGAGUAAAGCCUCGGGGGCUCGUGAUUGACGUGUGCGCAGAGUGUUGGGUUUGGCAAAGUGCACAAAAAGUUUGGUCGGCCCAGAGCGCAAGAUGGAAAGCGAAAGGGGAGAAAAAGUGAAAGAAAUGAAGAAAAUAAAAGAAAAUAAAAGAAAAAGAAGACAGAAUGAAAAAAAAGUCCCGACCAUUUUAAGUGAAGGACCACCACCACCAUUAAACACUCACGUUUUUGUUAGUGGCUAUUAUGUGGCUGCACUUUGUGUUUUGUUUUGUUUUCAAGUAGGUUGUGUGAAGGCUUUUUUAAACGAAUUGUUUAUUUUAACAAGUGCUAUUGUUUCUGUAAUUACAUUUUAAAACUUUCCUAUCGUUUUCAUCUUUGUUUCGUUUCGAGCUUUUGUUAGAUUUGCUUAGUAGUUUUUCUUAUUUACUUGCUUUUUUUGCUUUUAUUUUUUAUGUUGUUCAGUUUGAUAUGUGAUACAUUUUUGUACAAAAGCAAAUUUUUGUUGUGUUUUUUUUUUGAAAAUUAACGAUAAAAUAAGUCGCGAAAGGUGAAAACAAAACUAAGGAAUGUAAAGCGUUUGAACACGGAAGAAAUUACAUGUUUUAACAUCUCGAAGUCGAACACGAACGGAAACUUGUACAAAGUUCAACAACAAACAUAUUAAUGCAUUUGUAUAAUUUACUUAUUAAAAGUCAUCUUG